GGUCAUGCUUUCCCUGGCAGUCCGGGCAUGGGCCCCUGCUGUCGCUGCCGCCUGCCGUCCCGCUGCCCGCAGAGUGCGGGGGCACCGAGCCCACCUUUUCCCCGGCAGCCGCUCAGGCUCGAUGCAGGCGUCCCUGAUGAGCGUCGCCAAGGUGGACCGCUUUGGAGCAGUCACAGUUCACCUGGAACCCAAACACUUCGCACCACAACUGGACGAGGUCAAAUUCCAAAAACUACUGCAGGAUGCCAUUGUACACUGGAAAGCAGAAGGCAAAGUGGCAGUUUGGCUGCAGGUUCCAAUUCUCCAGAGCCGUUUUAUAUCUGUUGCAGCUCGUCAAGGUUUCACCUUUCACCAUGCAGAGAAGGACCAUUCUACGCUGGCACUCUGGUUAGCCAUGGGGGAAAGCAGGCUUCCUUCUUAUGCAACACAUCAAGUAGGAGUGGCUGGUGCAGUGCUUGAUGAAGUGACUAGUAAAGUUCUGGUUGUACAAGACAAAAAUAAGACAAAAAAUGCCUGGAAGUUUCCAGGGGGCCUCUCAGAUCUAGGAGAAGAUAUCGGAGAAACAGCAGUCCGAGAAGUUUUUGAAGAGACUGGGAUAAGAUCCACAUUUAAAUCGCUUCUAAGCAUCAGGCAACAACAUAACCAUCCAGGAGCCUUUGGGAAGUCAGAUUUGUACAUUAUUUGCCGUUUGGAAGCUCUCUCGUUUGACAUCAAUUUUUCCCAAGAAGAAUGCAUACGGUGUGAGUGGAUGGACCUUGAGGAGCUGACUAGGACGGAAUAUGCAACACCUAUAACCAGCAAGAUAGCCAAGCUGUUGUUGUAUGGAUAUAGGGAAGGCUUUGACAAGAUUGAUUUAAAAAUGAGAGAGUUUUCAGCUAUUUAUACAGGUCUUCCCUACAAACUCUAUUACAAAGCAUUACCAGAGAAAUUUGAGAAUUUGAAACCAAACGAGCUCUGA